UGGAACGUCGAUUGGCAUAGACGCUAAGUCAACCUUCCUCUGUCGGCUCCACCACUGACCAUUAACAAUAAACAGGUCCUUUCGAGUCAUACAGUGACAACCAUGCAUCAGUGUCUUUGUCUCACGGUAACGAUAGAUUUCGGCAGUAUGCUGUAAUCGGUGUAUUACAUCCGAAAGUUGACACAUCGGCGCAUAUGCUUGGUUCGCUCCCGAACAGCAGGGGGGUAUAAAACCAACAUGGGCGAGGUCGCAUGAUGUUGCACACGCCCUAUGGAUUCGUCUUGGCAACGUUCUGCACCUGUAUUCAGGACUCAACCCGAAAAAGGUAACGAAGAAAAUACUAAGUCAGUCCUGAUCGAAGAGAUCAAACCCUCAAUUACACCGUCAACACCGCAAGAGCUUACUCAAGGAGGUUCCUGUACAUCUUCUGUGUCUGCGACUGCAAAAACGUUUGAUGACAGUCAUGCGAAUCCAACGGAAGCCGACGAACUAAUCGUUGAUUGGGACGGCCCCGACGAUCCGCACAACCCUCGAAAGUCACUGGACGAUAUACAGGAAAUGGGCGGCGACUCUUGCCGUGUCAGCUUCAUUUCUUCCAUUUCAUCGUCGAUGGUGGCUCCUGCGGCUGAACAGAUCUCACAAGAGUUCAGCAUCCACAGCGGUGUUACAUUAUCAAUGGUGGUUUCCUGUUAUGUUCUUGCAUACGCCGUCGGCCCUCUUGUUCUAAGUCCUCUCAGUGAAGUGUACGGUCGGUCCCGUGUCCUCCAAAUCGCUAAUCUUUUCUUCCUUGCGUUUAAUCUUGCGUGUGGGUUCGCACAGAAUACAAGUCAACUUGCCGUAUUCCGAUUCUUGUCGGGGUUGGGUGGAAGUGCACCGCUCUCGGUCGGUGGUGGUACCCUUAGUGACAUGUUCGCAGCCGAAGAUCGUGGCAAGGCUAUCUCCAUAUAUUCGGUGGCGCCCCUGGUUGGCCCAGCCAUCGGUCCGAUCGCUGGAGCUUUCAUCGCACAAACUACCACAUGGCGAUGGGUCUUCUGGUCAUCGACGAUAGCAGAUGGUAUUGUGCAACUUUUCGGAUUAUGGUUCUUGCAAGAAACCUACCCACCUGUCCUUCUUGAACGCAAGGCGGCCAAGAUCAGGAAGCAAAUGGAUUCAGAGAAGAGACUUUAUACGAGUUUCAGGACGGUCUAUCAAUCCAAAGGUGGACGCAGCUGGGAGGAACCCUUCACGGAAGCUCUCAUUCGACCGUUCAUUCUAUUUGCCCAAGAGCCAAUUAUCCAGCUGUUUGGGUUGUAUCUAGCGCUGUCGUAUGGAACGGUUUACUUGACAAUUACUACUCUCCCACAGAUAUACAGUACUGUCUACCAUGAGAAGAUCAGCAUUGUCGGACUUCAUUAUCUCGCUCUGGGACUCGGAUUCAGCUUGACUUCACAGAUCAACUCUCGUCUCCUUGACCGUGUGUACGUAUACUACAAGGACAAGAACGGUGGCGUUGGGAAACCAGAAUACCGACUGCCUGUUAGCAUUCCAGUAUCGUUAGGUUUACCGAUCGGCCUACUCAUUGCGGGAUGGGGGGCUCGGGAGAACGUGCAUUGGAUAGUCCCAGACAUAGGCUUUGUCUUGAUUGCGGCGGGCAUUGUAGCAGCAUUUCAAGCAAUGCAGACGUAUAUAGUCGACGCAUUUACAUUGUAUGCCGCCUCAGCUUUGGCAGCUGUAUCCUGCUUCCGGUCAUUAGCAGGCUUUGCUUUCCCCUUGUUUGCUCCUAAUAUGUACCAGGCGUUGGGGUAUGGUAAGGGUAACACAAUUCUUGCAGCAAUCUCGUUCGUUCUUGGGCCUCCUACACUUUGGCUCUUCUGGAAAUACGGAGAGCGAAUACGGAAUAUGAGCAAGCGUGCAAAGGAUGUGCGUGUUGCGCCCAUGAAGUAGUACUUCAUGGAAAAUAUUGCGGCGUAUCACCCACCAUCCGAAUUUUUUUUACCUCUGCAGAAGGACAGACGUUGUCUGCAUUCAAAUCUUUCCAUAUUUCAUAUAAUAUUGAUGGCUGAAUUUAAUGGCUUAUUUGCACUCUUGGGAGGGUACAUGCAGACUAAAUCUAAACGGGUACGAAUAUCAGCCAGUUUUUCAAUGAGUGGGUGAGGAUAAGCGUAAAAGCAAUACGGCGUAUUUGAAAAGUAAUGCCCAGGUUUCGCCAUCCAGUGUUUGGAGCUCGAAAUUUCAGAAUAUCGGAACACCACAGCAGCCAAUGGACUGGAGAUGAUGAUCGAGUCGAGCAUCUGGGAACGUUUGGGCUGUUAGUGACAUGCAGAUUCGAAUAUACGUAUUGGCAUCGA